ACAAGACGAGAUCCGUUCCUGGUGGUGCUUCUCAACAAGCACCAUCAUAUCGUGCAUAGAUCUGUUUCCAACGGUCGCUUACCGCCAAACCAGGGGACUGGACUCGUAUCACUGCAUUCCAAAUUCCACAUUACCUACAUCUGAUCGCCGCGCGUCGAGUUCACGUCAGCCUCUUCAGAGAUGAACGGCCUGCCGCCCACCCCAGGGCAAUGGCAGGAAGCCCGCGCCCCCGAUGGGCGCACUUACUAUUACAAUACAGUCACCAAAGCGACACAAUGGACAAAACCUACGGAGCUCAUGACUCCUCUGGAAAAAGCGCUCGCUGCACAACCUUGGAAGGAGUACACUACACCAGAUGGCCGAAAAUACUAUGCAAACUCUGAGACCAAGCAAACGGUAUGGGACAUGCCUGCUCAGUAUCGCGAAGCUCUCAACUCUGUACAAUCACCCCCGAAACCGACGCAACAGCCGCCUGCCUUUGUGGCCGGCGGCAGUACUGCUCUCUCGACCAUGUCUACCCCUCGUGACCGUGAGAACAGCAACACUCCUUUCGAUUCCAAGCCUAGGGGCGAUUUCAGCUCUUCCAGCGGCCUGUCUCUCCCGCCUAUUGCCAAGGAAGUGAUACCGGAUUACUCAAGUUUCGAAGAGGCGGAGGCUGCGUUUAUGAAACUGCUCCGCCGGGCAAACGUUCAGCCUGAUUGGACUUGGGAGCAGACGAUGAAGGCUACGAUCAAGGAUCCGCAAUACAGAGCGCUGAAAGACCCGAAGGACAGAAAGGCGGCUUUUGAGAAAUAUGCGGUCGAGGUUCGCCAGCAGGAACGGGAGAAGGCCAAAGAAAGACUGGCUAAGCUACGCACAGAUUUUGGCAACAUGCUGAGGACUCACCCUGAAAUCAAACACUACAGUCGAUGGAAGACCAUCAGGCCUAUCAUUGAGCACGAGACCGUCUUUCGGUCCACGGACAAUGAGGAUGAACGUAAGCAACUGUUUGAAGAGUAUAUUGUCGAACUCAAGAAACAGCACAUCGAGCAGGAGGCUGCCGCUCGCAAAUCUGCCUUGGACGAUUUGGCGAAUAUUCUGAAAGCGCUUGAUUUGGAGCCUUACACUCGAUGGUCACAGGCUCAGGAGAUCAUCCAGGCCAACGAGCGAAUUCAGAGCGAUGAGAAAUUCCAGCUUCUGAGUAAGUCCGACGUUCUUACGGCUUUUGAGAAUCAUAUCAAGUCUCUUGAGCGGACCUUCAAUGAUGCACGCCAGCAGCAGAAAGCCAGCAAGUUUAGACGCGAGCGACAAAACCGCGACCGGUUUCUGGAACUCCUGCAAGAACUGCGAAGUCGGGGAAAGAUCAAGGCAGGGUCCAAAUGGAUGACCAUCUUUCCCGAGAUCGAGAACGAUCCCAGGUAUGUUGCCAUGCUGGGUCAAUCCGGGUCUACACCGCUGGACUUAUUUUGGGAUAUGGUCGAGGAGGAGGAACGGGCACUUCGUGGGCGACGAAACGAUGUCUAUGAUGUCUUGGAGGACAAACGAUAUGAGGUUACCCCAAAGACCUCUUUUGAUGAGUUCUACGAUGUCAUGCUUACUGAUCGCCGAACAGCCAACAUUGAUCGUGAUGCGCUCCAAGUCAUCUUUCAACGGCUGCAUGAAAAGGUGCUUCGGAGAAGUGAAGAUGAAAAACAUGCUGCGGACCGGCACCAACGCCGUGCCGUGGAUGCGCUUCGCUCUCGCAUCAAGCAUCUGGAUCCUCCCGUGCGCAUUACUGACUCCUGGGAGGAUGUCAAGGCUCGAGUGGAGAAGACAGACGAGUACCAUGCUGUCGAGACUGAUGACUUGCGUAAGGCCGCCUUUGACAAAGUGAUCAAGCGCUUGAAGGAGAAAGAAGAAGACGCCGAAAAAGAGCGCGACCGCAGACAUGCCCGACGCGGAGAUGAUCGUGAUUAUCGGAACGGUCAUCGCGCAGAACCCAGGCAUGGUCGGCUGUCCAAAAGCCCCGAACCGGAUGUUUAUGAGGCUGAACGGCGCCGAGCUAUGGCGGCUCGCGAGAAGCAGUAUCGUAAGGCUAGCUCGCUUGGUCUGAGCCCGCCGCCCUCGAGCCAUCGAGACCGCGAAAGAAGAGAUCGCGACGAGCGACAUGGCCGCUUGGAUCGCGACCGUUCUCCUCCUCCACGCCAUAUGACAUCUUAUGAGCGUGAACGCCGAGAACGAGAGGAAGAACGGGAACGCCUGUACCGAAUGCGUGGUGACCCGCGUAGCAGUCGGGACGAACUCAACUAUGGCGAGGAGUCGCGCAGCGUUGCAGGAAGCGAACGGCGUCGAAGAAGAGGCGAUGGCAGUGACGCCGAAAGCGUGGAAAGUGGCCGCCGCAGCGCGAAGCGAUCUCGUCGCGACCGUCGGGGGAGUUCGCGGGACAAGCGCAAGAGCAAGACGCCUGAGCCUGCGCCUGAGCCCGCGCCGGAAAAGCAGGAGGCGCCAGUGACGGAACCCGCCGGAGUCCAUUCGGGGAGCGAGGAGGGUGAGAUAGAGGAGGAUUGAGAUCAGCGCUGCAGAGGCCGUGUUGCGCAACUCUCCAGGUCAGUCUUUGUUGGCGCUUGAUCCUUUCAACACCCACACUGCUGUUUAUUCUGUUGCCCAGGUUGAGCGACUGUAGGCAGGAAAUGUUGGUCAGAUUGCACUCCCACAAAAACACAAAUGUGCUUGCACUUCUUAAGCCUGUCAGGGAUGAUCCCCAGAUGUCGUCCAUCGGUAUGUAGCUCCCGUGUUCUGUCUAAUCUAAUCCACCUUGCAGUUUCUCCGAAUGGAGUUUUCAAAAUUAUAUUUGUUCCAUCUAGGUGCGUGUUCCAAUGUCUUGUCCCGUGCGCCUUCGUCGUAGGAUGCGCAACCCAGUCCACUGCUGAAGUUGUUUUACUCCGUGUCACAUUUGUAAUCUCUAUCGCUGUAAGACGGGCUGGGCGUUUACGUUGAAAACCAACAAGAUAGACGCGAACUAAAACACAAUAGAGCAUGCAAUAUUUGUGACUCCCCAAG